GGGGGCGCCUGCCCGCCGCGCUCGCCAGCACCAUCAGCACCUGCUGUGUCGCGUCUUCCUCGCCGUCACGUGUUGCCGGCGUUUGGGAACCUGAGGCAGGAGGAUUGCUGCGAGUUGAGGCCAAGCUCGCCCGAGUCGCGAGUUCAAGGCCCCCCUGGGAUCGGUUAGGGAAAGCCCGUCUCAGACUCAACCAGGGAGGAGGAAUAGCACUGCCGGGGGCAGGAAUUUAGGACGCCUGCCUACUGAGAGGUCGUUUGCAUAUCUUACCGUUAAGGACAGACUACCACAGAUCUUAACCAAGGCUAUCGAUACAUUGCAUCGACAUAGAAGUGAAUUUUUUGAAAAACAUGGACAGGAAGGAAUGGAAGCUGAAAAGAAAGCCAUCUCUCUUCUUUCUAAAUUGCGGAAUGAGGUACAGACCGAUAAACCGAUUAUCCGCUUGGCGGAUAAAUGGGUUGACACUGACAUAUGGAAUCAGUACCUGGAACACGAGCAGAGUCUAUUGGAUGAGAGCGAUGGGGAGCCACACUGGUUCUUCUCGCCCUGGUUGUUUGUAGAGUGCUACAUGUAUCGGAGGAUUCAUGAAGCCGUCAUCCAGAGUCCACCAAUCCAUGACUUCGAUGUAUUUAAAGAAAGCAAAGAUGAGAACUUCUUUGAGUCUCAAGAGUCCAUCGAUGCUCUGUGCAUGCACUUGGAGCAGCUGAAACCAGCCAGAGACCUCCACAAGGACCAGCUAAAGGACGAGCUUUUUAAACUUCUGCAGAUCUCCCUCUGGGGGAAUAAGUGUGACUUGUCUCUAUCAGGCGGAAAAAGCAGUUCCCAGAAGACCGAUGUCAUGAACUCUUUGGAAGGCCUAAAGCCAUUCAUUCUGAUAAACGACACAGAGUCUCUUUGGGCAUUGCUCAGUAAAUACAAGAAAACAGCAAAACCGCCUGUAGUUAGAGUAGACAUCGUUCUGGAUAAUUCUGGCUUUGAACUCAUCACAGAUCUAGUACUCUCUGACUUCUUGUUAUCCUCUGAGUUAGCUACUGAGAUUCAUUUUCACGGAAAAAGUAUCCCAUGGUUUGUGUCUGACGUAACUGUGCGUGACUUUAAUUGGAUACUUGAACAUGUGAGGAGUAGCAGUCAGAAGUCCAUGGCCACCUGUGGUGCCGACUGGGAAAACCAUGUUAAAAUGGGCAGAUGGAUUUACCACGAUCAUAUAUUUUGGACUCUGCCUCACCCAUAUUGCGAGAUGCCCCAGGUUGCCCCUGACUUGUAUGCUGAACUACAAAAGGCACACCUCAUUUUAUUCAAGGGGGAUUUGAAUUAUAGGAAGCUGAUGAGUGACAGAAAAUGGGAGUUUACCAUUCCGUUCCAUCAGGCCCUGUGUGGCUUCCACCCGGCACCUCUGUGUAGCAUAAGAACAUUAAAGUGUGAGCUUCAGGUUGGUCUACAGCCCGGUGAGGCUGAGCGGCUCAUGGCUUCUGAUCCCCACUGGCUGACCACCGGCAAGUAUGGAAUAUUUCAGUUUGAUGGCCCACUUUGACUCUGCUCAGGAAUUCCCAGUUAAUCUCCUCUCGGCCCCAGAAAAACAGUGCGUGGAUCUAGUCCUGACUUUCAGCAGCCUGGGGAGCCCCAUUUUCUCAGCUCCUGUGCUACCUUACACUGUAGAUGAUGCUUCCUUGGGACAAUUUCCCCAUUGCCACAUUUGGGAAAGACAGGGUUUUAAGCUAAUGACACUCUGCUGGGAUUUUAAUCACUAUUUCAAGCUAAAUGCAUACUUUCAAGUGGUUUUAAUGAACUCAGUUUUAAUUGCAGAGAAUGCAAAAUGAAUGUGAAUUCUGCUUUUUAAGUUAGUUUAAUCCUGUUUUGUUUCUUCCUUAAACAGGACAAUUAUUUACUAUUGUAAGAAGCAAACAUUAUUUAACUUAGUUCUGGCUCUUGAACUAAGGGUCUAGUGAGCACAUGCCCCGUAACAGCUCUACAGGGAGGCAUGUCUGUGAUGCUUGAAUACACAGAGACAGAAUUACCUCAGACCUGCACUGCAGCUGCUCUCUUGCAUGCAUCUAAGUCUUAAAUGCCUGUCUGCUUGCCUGACUUUGCAUUUUGACUGACCUGUGGUAGGGGUCAAAGCACAAACUGAGCAUUGUGAAACAGGCGGUGUUUAAUGAAGUACAAGCACAGAAGCUUUUAUUCUCCAUAGAGGCCCACGUUGAAGUCACCACCACACAGGUGCCCAGACAAACACAGCUUCCGUUUGCAGACGCAGAAGAGUGUGUCAGAUGGAAAAGCUUGUUUGGCAUUGUUUUUGAUACUGCCAGUCGGAGCUCAUUCUUUAUAUUACACAUCGUGUUGUUCCUCACCUCAGCCGUCAGAGUCAGCAAAUUCAUGCCACUUUGUUUAGAAACAACAGAUUGGAAACAAACCUGGGAAUAUUUUACUGUACUGGAAUAAUAAAAUGAAUUUUACUGAGA